AUGGACCGCUCUCAGGGCGUGCCACAGGCCAAACCUUGCAUGUAUUUCCAGCGUGAUACAUGCAAAUUUGUAUCCAAAUGCAAAAACCGCCACGUGAAGUUAUCAGGCCCAUGUCCGCAUCUCCCGCGUGGCAAAUGCAAAUUCGGAUCUGAAUGCUUCUUUUCCCAUGAAUCGUUGCCGUCGCCUCCUAACUCUCAGGAACCCACACGACACAAGGCGGAAGGUGGGGAACGGAAACCAGCCAACGCUCCUCUGAAUGAACUGAAGCAGCUUGUCGGCCAAAUCUCUUCACGCUCACAUACCUCUUCAUCAUCCACAUAUACGAAACAGCAACAAGGCGAUCGUUUCUUCCAGCUUGUCCUUGUGUCGAUUGGAGGAGACCCCGAGGAUUCGCAAGAGACCAUCAAACUUAUGGCCAAAGAAGAGGGUUUCGGAUUCAUUAGAAGCCUUGUCGAUCAUCGGAUACUCGGGGAGACAGGUUCCAACCAACGCAACAGAGUUGAAUUAUGGCUGAAGCAGGUGCGACCUAUAUUCCAGGUCCUUACACACCCUUGUGUCCUCAACUCCGACAUCCUCGAGCAACAAGUUGCCGAAAUCUACAAUUUCAUACUCGGUGUUGGCGACAAGCGGAUCAAAACGCUCUUUGACUUCGUCUUGGGCCUUCUCGAUGCUUGGUCAACUCUACCGAUGGCCAAGGAUGACGAGUAUGGAAUAGUUGCCUGUGAGCUUUCGCUCUCGGUACUGGCGACCAUGAAUGGCUGCAAUACGAACAACAUAUUCAGUCCCACUUUCCGUCACAUCGUGGAGCGGCUGGAAGAUAUUAAGUACCUGAAUUACCUUCAUCAGCGCCUUGGAGAAGGUGAUGCGAUACCCCAAACUGGAGUAGAGCAAAUAAAUCCAGUCACACGAAGCGAAUUCGUAAUGCGAAGAGACUUACCUGGACAGCUUUCAGCUGAAGGACCGCGACAUGACAACGAUCAUGCCGACAUUUGUGACAUCAGCAUUUUCCCCACCCAUGCGGAAAUUUUCUCAACACGCAGCGAAUAUUUACCGACAACCGACUCUUCGCUGUUCCAUAAGCCAGGCAUCCACGGGCGUCUUGAUAGAGCCUUCCGCCUACUCCGAGAAGAUACACUCGGCCAGAUUCGAGAUGCACUCCGCACUCGACUCGGCACAGGGCGCAACCCUGACAGUAACCAGAACCGUGGUAACAGGAAUGCUUCCCGCAUUUACGUAUACGAGCAAGCGGCGGUGAACGACGUCGACUUUGAUGAGAAUCGGGGUAUGGAUCUACUCAUUCGAUUCAGACAGCUUGUAUCCAACAGGACCACCCAAGAACGUCAAGAUUGGUGGGCAAAUCCCGACCGCUUCCAGCCUGGAAAUCUUGUAUGCAUGGUUGAUGAGGAAGGCUCUUUCUCGUUCUGCCUGGUUGCGCACAGCACCAUCGUCAUACACGAAGAGAAGGAGAAACGCAAAGGGGGAGCAGGUAGGGGAUCAGAAGAAGGUUGA